AUGAGUGGUGGUAUAGAUAGUACCGUCGCAGCAAUGAUGCUCCACGAAGAAGGGUAUGAAGUAGUGGGCAUCACCAUGAAAACUUGGGAUUACGCCAGUGCAGGUGGUUCCAAGAAGGAGACAGGAUGCUGUUCGCUCGACUCUAUAAACGACGCUAGACAAGUGGCCGUCAAUAUGGGAUUUCACCAUUUUAUAGUAGACAUCAGAGAAGAAUUUGGUGAUUAUGUCAUAGACAAUUUUGUAGAAGAAUAUAUAGCUGGCCGCACACCAAACCCAUGUGUACUAUGCAACACACACAUCAAGUGGAGCGCAUUACUCAAACGAGCAGAUGCCAUGGAUUGUGAGUUUAUCGCUACAGGACAUUACGCCAUUAUCAAAGAAGAAAAUGGUCGUAGAUUCAUUUCCAAAGGCAAAGAUGAUAGAAAAGAUCAGUCUUAUGUUCUUUGGGGACUUACACAGUCAUGUCUUGAGCGCAGCAGUUUUCCUUUAGGUGGCUACAGCAAACCAGAGAUCAGACAAAUGGCAAAAGAUUUUGGAUAUGAAGAUCUGAGCAAAAAGCCAGAGAGUUAUGAAAUAUGUUUUGUCCCAGAUAAUGACUAUCGUGGAUUUUUGAAGCGUCGUGUACCUGGAUUGGAAGAUAGAGUCAAAGGUGGUACUUUUGUAAAUGCAAAAGGAGAUUUCCUUGGCAACCAUGAAGGAUAUCCAUUCUACACCGUAGGUCAGCGCAAAGGACUCGGAGGCGGAUUUAAGACACCUAUGUUUGUAACAGAAAUAUUGCCAGAGACCAAUACAGUCGUCCUUGGUGAAGUGGAUGAAUUGAUUCGCAAUGGUAUGAGCGUGGGACAAAUCAAUCUCAUGAAAUAUGCAGCUAUACACGACGGAAUGGAAGCUGUCACACAAGUCAGGUAUAAUGAUAAAGGUGUUCUUGCUUCUUUACAUCCCAAAGGAGAUCAGGUAAAUGUAAAUUUCUUUGCAAAUGUGAGAGGCAUCGCUCCUGGUCAAUCUGCUGUAUUCUACGAAGGAGAUGAUGUCAUCGGUGGCGGUAUCAUUGGACAAAGUAUGCUGAAGUAUGAAAAUGUGUGA